AUGGACAACUCUGAUAGUUUAUCUGUAAAUAUUCAUGGCUUGGUUAAAAUCGCAGAGGUAGAUUCUGUUCACAGAUUGUCGUUUUAAACGGUGAUGGUUCUAGUUCCCACAAGAAACAAACUUGUGUGUCAAGCUUCAUACGGUUUCCUCAGGAGACUGGAAAAUUUCAAAUGGAGAUACUGCUUUGCUUUCAUCAUUUUGUUACCGUGGAGAUCAUAAAAAAAUUCAUAUUGACCUUCCAUUUGAAUACACGUUCAAAGGAACGUCUCCAUUUAUGUGUAAGUUUCGGAACAAUCAAUUUCGACAGUAAAUAAAUUUUUCCCAGGGCCACGGCUUGUCCUGAAUUGUUUCUCAAAAGACGUUUCUGGAAAAGAUGGUGUAAUAGGUUAUGGAGCUAUUUCAAUUCCUACAGAGCCUGGAAAGUAAGCGCUGCUUGAUGUUCUCUUUUAACAUUUUUUAAGACACUGCUGCCGAGUUUAUUGUUUUCUUCCUGAAACAUCAUCAACAAUCCAGUUGAUAAUAAGCAAACUUCGUAGAGUUAAUUCUGAAUUUAUCGAUCCUCUCCUAACAGCAAGUUCUGAUGGUAGAAACGGUUUGUCGGAAAACAAAAUUAUGCAUUUGAGAACUAUAUAAUUAAGCUUGUUGCACAACGACCACAGGAUAUGUUGAUGUAGAUCUAAAUGUCAGUGUUAAACACUCAGAUACUGGAUAUCAAUUUUCGUCCGGAUUUGCAGACAAAAAUUCAAAUAACGUAAGAUAUUCGUUUUCCCUACUUUCAACAACAACAAAAAAAGAGUUACUGUUGGUGGUUCUACGUUUUUUAGACUAUUUCUCCGUCAAUUAUUGAGCUCGCUGGAAUAAAUAAAAACUUUGAAAUUCGUGAGAAGAGUUUGGAACACACUAGUUCAGAAGAAGAUUCCGAGGAAAUAAACUCAACAUGA